CCCGUUUCGCUCCCUCGGGACAGUUCCCCAGCGGCUUGGUCACGCCUCGGCUGCCUUCUCCAGGGACGAUCCUUCCCCGAAAACGAACGAUGCCGGCACUGCAGGUUCUGCUGCCGGAUCGGAUAGCUGCAGUCAGACGUUGACCCCGGACUAUCCCCGCUUUUGGGCGCACUUGGCAGCCCGUCAGCCGUGUGCUGGGGAGAUAUCGCAGCUGGUGUUGGGGACGACAUGCACACUUGAUCAUCUCAUGCCCUCCAUCUCUUUUCCACACUCUUUCCACCCUGCUUCCAUCACCCCGAGAACCUGGUAACGGGGAACGCAACGCAAUGACCGAGCUCGACAACAAAGACGUGCUCUCCCUCGCGGACGAGAAGGAGCAGCAGGCCGUCACGCGGGAAUACCUGCAGCAAGACGAGUCGCCCGACGCGGUCGAGGCGCGCAAGAGAGAGGCGGCGCUCGUGCGCAAGCUGGACUGCUUCGUCGCGCCCGUGAUGAUGCUGCUCAUGCUGAUUUCGUACUUGGAUCGCGGGAACAUUGGGUUUGCGGCGACGCAGGGCAUGAUUGAGGAUAUUCACCUGAAGGGGAGUGAGCUGAAUACCGCGGUGUCUGUCUUCUAUAUUUUUUAUAUUCUGGCUGAGUUCCCGACUUCCAUUCUCGUAAAGCGCCUCCAGUUCAACCGUGUGAUCCCCGCCAUCACCUUCUGCUGGGGCCUGGUCUGCCUGUGCACCGGCUUCGUGCAGAACUUCGCCGGGCUCGUUACGACGCGUAUUUUCCUGGGCUUCUUCGAGGGCUGCUUAUUCCCGUCUAUGACGCUCUUCCUGUGUAACUGGUACACGCGCGAGGAGCUGGGCGUACGAGUAGCUUACCUGUUCAUUGCGAGCGCGCUGAGCGGGGCGUUUGGCGGGCUGAUUGCGCUGGGCGUGCUUUACAUGGACGGUGUCAGGGGCUGGGCAGGGUGGCGGUGGCUCUACGUGAUCGAAGGCAUCCUUACCAUCGUCUGGGCCUUCAUCUGCAUCUUCGUGGUGCCAAAGAACUACGAAACGGCGUACUUCCUCAACGACGAUGAGAAGAAAAUCAUGCGCCACCGCGCUGAACGCACGGAAGCGUACUCGGGCGGAAGCGGCCACUACAGCAAAGCCGACAUCAAGGAAGCUGCCAAAGACAUUAAGAGCUGGGUCCACGGCGUCAUUCAAAUCGCCGUCGUCACCAUCCUCUACGGUUUCGGAACUUUCUUGCCCAUUAUCAUCAAGUACGGGUUCCAGUACACCACGCAACAGGCCCAAUACCUCGUAGUCCCCGUGAACCUCUGGGGCGCAUUCGUCUACGCCGUAGGCGCCUACUUCUCCGACCGCUUCCAAACGCGCUUCCUGCCGCUCAUCCUCAUGGCGCCCAUCGGCAUCGCCGGCUACGCGAUCCUCCUCGCGCCCGUCUCAGCCGGCGUCUCCUACUUCGCGACCUACCUCAUCGCCACGGCCUGCUUCCUCUGCACCGGCAGCAACAUCACCUGGCUGUCCGUGAACUGCGCGCCGGACGGGAAGCGCGCGGCCUCGCUCGGCAUCCUGCUCACGCUGACUAACAUCGGCGGCGUGGUCAGCGGGCAGAUCUACCGCAGCGACGCGGCGCCGAAGUAUACGCUUGGCCAUGCGUGGAGCUUAGGGUGUCUAGGGUUUGCAUGGUGUGGGUGGUGGAUUGUCAGGGCGAUUUAUUUGAGGCGGGAGAAGAGGAAGGAUAGGAAGCUUGCGGGGGAUUAUAGGAUGCCGGAGGGCCAGAUGUAUACGGAUCGAGAGCCGGACUUUAGGUAUCAGCUUUAGAGCGAACGCUCGUGCCGUGGACGACGAGACUAGUGAUGGAGCUAUGACAUUGUUUUACUAG